AUGAUCGUUCCUGUUAUACUUGCCGCUGCUUUGCUAGUGCGAUCUGCACAUGCUUCAGCAUAUCUCGGAUGUAUCGACCCAGCGGCGAUUCCUUCACCGUCUGGAUCUACAACCGGAACAGAUCUUGGUGACUGUAUAAGUUACUGCUCCUCAGCAUCUGCUGCUUAUGCCUAUUAUGACAAUUCCGAUGGAGCUUGUACGUGCUCCACGUCAGAUCCUGCUGUAUCGGCAUACGAAAACGCGCAGGAUUCUGGAGGGACUUGUGCUUCCGACCAAGCGUCUGUCCACUUCCUGAAUACCGAUUAUGCAUUCAGCAGCUGCUCGUCAACGAUAACAAGCGAGGGAACCGCUCGAACCGUAUUUGUCACCACUCCUGCCCAAUGCUUUACUUCUUGUGCGGGAACUUAUGGAAGUGCUGGUAUAUCUCACUACGGGUCAACGUACGUUUGCUUCUGUGCCCAGGUCAACCACGCAGAUGACUCUCAGGUUUGUCAAGGAGCUACUGGGGAUGGAGGAAUAUAUAUAUACAACCGUGAUGUUGUCACCCCUACCGCUGUAGCUCGUCGACAACUUAAAGAGCGUCUUCGUCGAGCCCUCGCUACCAAACACCAAUACUGCCCUUCAGGUCUUACAGCCUGCAUCGUGGGCACUGAUCCAGAAGCUUUCGAGUGCGUCGAUACUCAAGCAGAUCUUGAAUCAUGUGGAGGAUGUAUGAAUGGUCUUUAUGGGCCAACCGUAAGGAACGGUACUUUCCCAGGAGUAGAUUGUUCCACUUUACCAGCAGUCGCAAUGGGUGGAGUCACAUGUACGAGGGGACAAUGUGAAGUAUCAGCUUGUUCUUAUGGUCAUGCUCUGGUGGAUAACCAAUGUGUGAGAAUGGUUCAAUAG